AUGUUCUUCUUUUUUUCCUGUUUUUUGGGCUUCUGGUGUUUUAAAUUAUCUGUAUCCUUACAUGUUGGCUCAAAUGUGCCGAACACUUUUGAUGAUGCGAAUGAUACAUUAUUGCAGUCUUCCUCUUUUACAAAAGAACACUUGGAUUUCCUAAAAAAUGAAACCAAAGAUUUAUUUUACCAUGCUUGGAACUCCUACAUGACCCAUGGCUUUCCUCAUGACGAGGUCUUACCAAUAUCUUGUCAACCUUACGGCCCUAAUGGCAACAUAAACGAUAUCAAUAGAAAUGAUGUUCUUGGUAAUUUUUCAAUCACUUUAUUAGACAAUUUAGACACGUUCGUAAUACUAGACGACUUUGAGAAUUUUAACCGUUCUAUUCAUUUGGUUAAACAGUAUAUCAAGAAUUUUGAUCUUGAUUCCACAAUCCAAGUUUUUGAAGUUUCAAUUAGAGCCUUGGGUGGGUUAUUAUCUGCUCAUUUAUACGCAUCUAAUCGCAAAAGAGGGUUUCAAAUUGAUAACUACGAUGGGUUUCUACUAAAUCUAGCCUAUGAUCUUGGUAAGAGAUUAUUGCCUGCUUUCAAUACAAAUACUGGAAUACCAUACCCAAGAAUAAAUCUAAGAAGUGGAAUUAAAAAUAUUCCCAAGAAACUACUAAUCGAGACUUGCACAGCAGGCGCAGGCUCUCCAAUUUUAGAAAUGACUUUACUAUCCAAACUAACUGGCGAUCCAAUAUUUGAACAGGUGUCCAAACUAGCAUUUUUGAGUCUUUGGGAAUCGAGAACUGAUAUAAAUUUGUUGCCAAUGUCGUUGGACCCGAUGAAAGGAGUAUGGUUAGACUCUAUAUCGGGAAUCGGUGCAAGCAUUGAUUCCUUUUAUGAAUAUGCAUUAAAAGGAGCUAUUUUAUUCAAUGAUGACGAGUUGAUGUCAAUCUGGGACCAGUCUUAUAAUGCAUUGACCAUCCACCUUAAAAGAGAUUGGUUUUUCUCAAAUGUUGAUUCCAACACAGGCUUUUACUUGACGUCAUGGAUCGAUUCGUUAAGUGGGUUCUUUCCUGGAUUGCAAGUUUUGGAUGGGAAAUUAAAUGAUGCCAUAAGAUUGCAUACAAUGUAUUUAAAACUAUGGAAUACAUUUGGAGGUAUUCCUGAACGUUGGAAUUAUUUCAAUGAUGAAAAUGAGCAAUUCAAUGGUCCAGAUUACCAAAUUGCAUUGGAAUGGUAUCCACUAAGACCCGAAUUCAUUGAGUCGUCGUACUAUCUUUAUAGAUCAACGCGGGAUCCGAUUUAUUUGCAAAUUGGUACAAGAGUCUUGAAGGAUUUUAAAGAAAGAUUUAAAGUCAGGUGUGGAUUUGCUACAAUAAAGGACGUUAGAAACGGAUUGAAAGAAGAUAGAAUGGAGAGUUUUGUUAUGAGCGAAACUUUAAAGUACUUGUAUCUAUUGUUUGACGACGAAAACGAUAUUAAUAAAGAUAAUUCGAAUAUAAUUUUUUCUACGGAGGCUCAUCCGUUGUGGUUAGACAACAAAUUUAUUAAUUCAUUAAAGGAAUCAUUGAAAAACUCUAGUUUUGAUGGAAUUAAUUAUAGAAAGUUGCAAUUCUUUGAAACGAUAUCGGACAAGUAUCAAAAUGUCAAACAAUUGCAAAAUGAUUACAAGAAAAACCUGACCAAAAUGAUUGGAUUUAUCAGUACAAGUGAUGACAAUGAUAAUAACAAGACUGUUAAUAAGAGAUUGGAAGAGUGCGAAAUAAGUCCAUUCAGUGGUAGCGACAACGGAAUCUACUCAAACAUGUUGGGAUGGAAUGAUUUGUUUGAUAUCGAUUUAAGAUUUGGCGAGCAAUUGAAACAGCCAAACUAUCUAAAAAGAAUAGGGUAUGGAUCGAUUGAAUUAGAGAAAAACUUUUAUGAUAGGUGGAGCUCGAAUGAUUAUUACUGUAAACGAGAUUAUAAUACCGAUUUUGUUGAAUAUCUAUUUGGCAAAAAGGAAAGCAUCAAAAAUUCGCAAGUUUCAAUCAUUGACGAGCCGGAGAUCGAGAAUAUAAUCAGCAUCUUGAGAGAUGGGGAUUUCUGGAUACCGAAACUAGAUGGGGUUCGAAUGAAAGUGGAAAAGCUCAGUGCUGGAAGAGUGGAUUCUGAGAACCGAAUAAUCAAGACACAGAUGAUUAAUGAUUUCUACCAAAGCCUUGAGAUCAGCACAGAAGAGGAGGAGCCCAGGACCAGAUACGACAAUGGGAUCUGUCUUCUGGACGAAGACCCCAAGAUCCUAAAGAUCAGAACCGUCAAUGGCAUCAAAGUGCCCCAUGACUCUGUGGUGUGGAUCGACAGCUCGAACCUCUUCGAACUGGGGCUUUUGUUGUCCCUCACCAAAAAAGGCUACCUCAAAAUCAACAGCAACCCCGUCGUCAACAUGAUGGUGUGGGAAAACGCAUAG